GUCGUCAAGUUUCCAGAGGAAGGCAACUCUGUGGCUCUUGUACAUACCAAGUGACUGCAUGGCGAUGUCUGCUUGUGGCCACAGGAUUCCAAGAAUGUUUCGUAUUUAGCAAAAUGUGGAGCCUCUCCAUCCUCCAACUGGCAAGUCGUGCCAUGUGUACCCAUAGACACAUUCAGAACAUAUGAUGCAGCGCGACAAAAGCUCAAGCAAGCUGAAGAUGGGUCAGACUUGGGGAGUGAAGUGGACCUGGGACGGGGCAAAAGAAAAAAGCAACGAAGAGCCCUUAGCUCAAGUCCGGAAAGUGUGCAGCGACUACCACUUCCACCGCCCUCUAUGAUGAAAAAAGCACAGAAGAGGGAUGGGAGACGUAUUCACAAGCAGUCAUCACAUGCAUCAACAUCUAGGGCUAAUGAUCCCAAUGUUUGCAGUGAUCAAGGCGCAGUGCAAUGUGCACAAAUGUGUGCUAGCGAGACUUCAGAAUCUGAGGGUGAGGCUGAGUCUGGAGGUGAACAAGAUGCAAUGCAAGAAUCAUCAGGCAUUAAAAGAUCGUUCACAGCUCACUCUUUGAUGAAAAGAGCAAGCCAAAUGGGAAAUACACAGUGCAACAAUGAGAAGUGGCAUUCAAGUCAGUCUGUUGCACCUAUUUCAGAUGAUGGCAUUAAGCAGGUCAUCAGGCUUCUACAAACGGUAAUCUUGAGAGUCGAGCACCUGGGAAGCCAACUAGACGUAAUAAAAGCAAAGCUUUGUGACCAACUGCAGCCUGAAGCAGAUUUGUUAGAAAAACGAUUUUGUGACAUUACGGAGUUCGAACUGUUUGAUCAAGGCCUCUCAGAAAGUGAUGCAAUGAAGUCAAAGUUGGUACGGGAACUCGCUGCCUUAGGAGGAAGAAAUGUUAGUUUGUCUACGCGUCGCAUUCUUGAAGCCCUGAUGACCCAGGAAGUGGCUGUUCAAUAUAGUUGGCUCGGACAAAAAGGAAAGAAGAAGUUCUUGUCGUUGACAACCUGCGACUUGAUAUAUAAAAGUGUUAAAUGCAUAUUUGAAACUGUAAAAAGAAGUGAAGUUGAGGACGUUGUAAAAACGUGGCUCAGACACGCUGGGGAGAAGCUUAGAAAGAAUAACAAACAGUCUGAAAAAGUCACAGAGCUGCUGGAGUGACAACGCAGGCCUCACUGAAGUGCAGCAUGUUUCAACCACAGCACGGAGGACUUUUUUUCCACAUUUUGCUGUUUUAAUGAUAAUUUCGUCAUUAUAAUACCCAUUUUUACUUUUCCGUUCUUUAAUAUUUAAAGAUUGUAUUUUAAUUCCUCAUUUUCUAGUCAUUUUUAGUCAGUUACAGUUUAUUACUCAUUUUUGCAUUGCUGUAGCAGGAAGACAAUUUUUUCGCGCAUUAAGAGUGAUGCCUUAUGUAUUCAUGUUUUUUAUAAUAAAUUUUAUAUUUAAGCUUU